UUCAACCUCCUCCCUCACCCGCAGUCAUCUACCAGAGAGUCCACUACCCUAUGGCUCCUUUCUCUGCAGAAGCUCCAGCAAGGACCACGAUGCUGUUUCCACUCCUCCCUCUCCUUCUCCUGAGUGUGGUGGCGGUGUCCUGCUUAGAAGGCCCUGAGACAGUCCCAAACACGUGUCCUGUCAUGGUCUGCGGUUCUCCAGGUGCCAACGGCUUCCCUGGAAAAGAUGGGCGUGAUGGUGCUAAGGGAGAAAAGGGAGAACCAGGUGAAGGGCUCAGGGGCUUGCAGGGCCCUCCUGGAAAGAUGGGGCCUCCAGGAGCACCAGGGCUCUCUGGGUUACCAGGGCCAGUUGGCCUAAAAGGAGAACCUGGAAAGUGUACAGAUUUCGAUUGUGAAUUAAUAGUGUCUGAAAAAGAAACUUUACAAAAAGAAUUAGACCGCAUCAAAAACUGGAUAAUCUUUGCUUUGGGGAAAAAGGUUGGGAAGAAGUUCUUCCUGACCAAUGGUGAAACAAUGAGUUUGGACAAAAUCAAGGAUCUGUGCAAACAUUUCCAGGCCUCUGUGGCCGUCCCCACAAAUGCUGCAGAGAACCAAGCCAUCAAGAAUCUAGCCAAAAAAGAUGCCAUCCUGGGCAUCACAGAUGAGGAGAACGAAGGUCAAUUUGUGGAUCUAAAAGGAAAUGCACUUACCUACCAAAAUUGGCGAAAUGGAGAGCCCAAUAAUGCAGAUUCUGGGGAAGAUUGUGUCUUACUCACGGAGAAUGGGAAGUGGAAUGACAUAUCAUGCUCUCACUCUGGUUUGGCAGUAUGCGAGUUCCUUCUCUGAAGAGGUUUUCGUGUUAAAGUCAAGCUAGACUCCUGACUGGUGAUGUGCUCUCAGAUUCUUUAUUCACUGAAACAAUUCAUGUAAGAUUAUACCUUAAAAAAUAAA